GACGUGCAGAGCAGCUGAGAAGAGGCAUCAUCCCCGCGCCGCUGCACGGGCGCAGACUCGUCCGGCUCCAUCCAUCAACCGGUGCACGAUCGGGGGCAUUUCUCAUCACCCCUUCCUGUAUAUAGGGGGGCGAUCCUGAGAAUCGCUGAAUGUCUGGGAGAAUUAGGCUGCUAGCAGGCAUCCAAGGGGAUCUAAGACACAGGAGAGGAGGAUUAAGUGGAUGUUGCAGGGUGCAGAUCGUUCUCAUGCAGUGCUGAAGCCCGAUCACCGGGGGUCACAACACACGUUCUGCACUUCUGUCAUCCUCUCAUAUUUAUGAUCUGCAGCAAAGGAGAGAAAAAAGAGAAUCACCCCUGGAUUGCUGAAAUUCUUUAUUAUUUUGGAAAUCUUUAUUUCUGAUUGGUGUGGAGUUUACAAGAAUGAUAACAAAGACAUUUCCCUCUCUUGCCUGCUAAUAUUUAAAUUCAUUUUUCUAUUGUUUUUUUUUUUAUUUUUUAUUGUUUUUUUUUUUUUCCUGCUGAUUUUCUGCUGUCAUCGUGAUAUGAAAACGCUGCCCCGGAGGCUCGAAAAUAAAUUGAAUUUUCACUGGUAAGGGGAAAAAAAAUAAAUAAAGAUUAAUAAGACACGGGGGCUUUUCUUUGCGGCUCUCCUGUAUUUUCCUAACAGUCAUUUGUACUGCUCAUUUAAAGAGUUCCUCACAUCUGCCUGGAGAAUACAUUAAAGCUUUUAGAUCUCUUCGAUUUUUUAUUUAUGGUUUUCGCAUUUUUUUUUUUGGUCUUGCUUGGAUUAAAUGCCACCAACUUUCAAGUCGACGCAAAAAAAAAAAACAAACAAUACACAAACAACCCCAAGAGCUGACACUUAAACCCCUGAAUGGUUUUUGAAGACCACAUUGAAUUGAACCCUCUUUCUUUAUGUUGAUUGUUUUUCCAUCUCAAGGCUUUUUGGUGAUUGGCUUUUGCUGGAAGAUUAAGGGAUUUCCAGGAGUAUUUUUUUUUUGAAGACCUUAUGGCUUGGAUUGAGUUUUAGAGUCCUGCCCUAGACUUCUAUUUUUUUUUCUCUGGAUCAAAGGCACUAACAAAAAAAAAAAAAAGCAGAGAAAGAGCCUGAAGAUUUAUGUGCUGCCAUCUGCCUAGCUGACCAUAAGUCUUUGCAACUAUGUUGGCGUGUCUUCAAAGAACCCAGAAUCCUCCAGUAAAGCACCUUGUAUGUGCAAACAAGGGGCUGGAACCUCGAAAGUGUGAAACUGCCACAUCAAUGCAGACCACAAGAUACCCAAGUCCUUCUGAACUAGAUGCCUAUGCACAGAAAGUUGCAAACAACCCACUGACUAUCAAGAUCUUCCCCACCAACAUCAGGGUUCCCCAGCACAAGCACCUAAAUCGGACUGUAAAUGGUUAUGAUACCACAGGCCAGCGUUACAGCCCUUACCCAAUACACACAAAUGGCUACCAAGGCCUGCUUGCUAUUGUUAAAUCUUCUAGCAAGAGUGUAGUGAAGAAUGUAGAGGGAAAACGAACUAAGAUUUCUGCUGCACAGGUUGGUGUUGCUCCUUACACCAUGUCAAGCACUUUAACACAAGGCCAACCUUGCAAUGGACAACUGAGCUAUCUUGCAAAUCAGAAGCAGUUGGAUGCACCAGUGCCACCCAAUGUGACUGUGGCAACGUCAGUCAUUCCUUUAACAGGUAGAAAUUUAACACUCCAACAGUCAAAUCUGCCCUCCAUUCAAAGCAUAAUUUACCAGAUUAACCAACAGUGCCAGGCUCAAGCGUCUCACCAGGCUUGUCAGGGCAUAGUGGUUACUAACUCUAGUCCAGCUAAGCAGGGAAUGACCAAUGGCUUUACUGCAAUGACCGGGGGCACUGUGGCUUAUGCGGGCACUGUCUUGCAAGACUGUAGAGCAGGCGCUGAGCUGGCACUAGGAUCUGCCCCAGUGGUAGCAAAACCUGGAUCCUAUCAGGAUAGCAUGGACUACCUAAUAUGGCAACAGAAGCAACAACAGCAGCAACUUCGGAUAUACAGUGGAGGCAGUGGUGGAGGUGGAGCAGUCAGCAAGUCACCAGAAGUGUGCCCUGGAAUAUCUCGUCCUUAUACACUCGCUAGUGCCGUUGAAAAAGUCAGCUCUUCACCACUGAACUGUGUUGGCAUGCAUGGUAAUUUUUCAGUGGGGCAAUACUUUGCUCCCCCAUGGAACAGUAUCUUGGUCACGCCCACCAGUGACUGUUACAAUCCCCAGGAACUUGCCAAUGGUCACAGGGAUUUGGGGGUACAUCCAUCAGAUGGACUAACCAGCAUCCCCAGCAAGACCCUUUGCAAUACCUCUAUCCUUAGCAGUAGUCUUCAGUCUUUGGAGUAUCUUAUCAAUGACAUUCACCCACCUUGUAUUAAGGAGCAGAUGCUUGGCAAAGGUUAUGAAACAGUGUCUGUGCCAAGGCUUCUUGAUCAUCAGCAUGCCCACAUCCGCCUGCCCAUUUACAGAUAAAAUUCUUGCUUUUUAUGUAAUGGUGGCCAACACUGGUUGUAAUCUGUAAACUAGAUUAUGCUACUUAGCCCUAAGAAGGUAUGUUUGUAAGUGCAGUGGUGGCAGAGGUGAUGUUAGGAAACACCCUCUGCUCUGCACCUAGAAUGCAUAGCAUUGCAAGUCAUUCCCAACCAAUAAUGGUUGCCUCUUCCCCUCUUGUGCUUUCUGUUUAUGGCAAGUGAAAGGAAGAGAAUGGCUCUAUCAACACAGGUUUUCCUUUCUUUCUCUCAAUCAAACAGUAACAGAGACAGAGC